ACAUGCUAAUACAGUGCAAAUAGCCUAUAGAGAAAAAAGGAAUGUAGUAAUAGUAAUUAAAAAAAAUCUACUUUUUAAAAAGUUUUUAUUGCUUUAGGAAAAAGAAGAGCACAACGAGAAAAGGGGUGAACAGGGUUAAAGAAGUGUUUCUUCAUUUAUUAUUUAAAACAUUUUUUUAUUAAAAACUGUUACAAAUAUUUGCGAUAGUACAUUAUACCAUUUAUGGUCACUAUAUUUACAUUUUUGUAACAGUCUGUAGUUUACAACGUGGCCAACAGACUCCCCGAAGGCUCUGGCUUCACACGUCAUUACGUAUUCCUGUCUGGACCAAUGAGAACUGAGAAGGGCAUAAAGCGGUCUCUCGCCGCUUAAAAGAGAUUUGACAGCCGCAAGUGUCGAGCCGAUCCGGCGGUUGACUUCGUCAGUGGGACAGAGACCAUGGCGGCGGCGGCUGCUGCUGCUGCUGCUUGCGGCCAGCACAGCGCUGCGAUAACGGCCGCAGUAAGCGGCAAAAAAACGCACAGUAGUAGGAACCGGGAGAACUCUCGCCGGAGACAAGCCGCUCUUUUGUUUCUCAGUAACAUCUCCCUGGAUGGACGGCCAGUUCAGAGUAAUUCAGCCGAGAAUGUAGGAAGCCGCCACCACACAGAGACCGACUUGGAGGGAGUCGACUCCGGCUCUGCGGCGGCGGCGGCAGCGGCCGAGUUGUGCCCGGAGCUGGGUAAUAACAGCUACGGGACAUUCUCCAGUUUGUCCGUGAGCUGCGGGAACGUAAAUCCCUCCUUGGCACCGAGGACAGGACUCCUCAACAUACCGCCUAUCCUCGUCCUGCCGUCGGAGACGGCGUUCAACGACGUGGGGAGCGCGGAGGUGCUGCUGGAGUGCCGCAGAGGCUCGUUCCCCUCGCAGGGGAACAGUAACCUGCUCUCGCCGUCCCCGUCGCCGUCCAACGCCAGCCUGCUACCGUCGCCGCUUGGACCGCGGAAGUCUUCCACACUGCUGUCGGUUCAGAGCUGUAACUCGGUGUCCUCAGAACCGCGACAAAGGACUCGUAACCUCUCUGGUGGAUCCCCCAGACCUCGACACACCAAGAAGAUCCACUUCAUCAAAAACAUGAAACAGUACGACACAAGAGGCAGCAGGAUCGUGCUGAUCUGUGCUAAGAGAUCUCUGUGUGCUGCCUUCUCUGUUCUGCCCUAUGGAGAAAGCUUCUACCUCAGUGACCCUACAUUAAACCACCCCAGGAGGAGGCACUCGUCUGGUAACAUCUCCACCACCCUGGAGAUGCUGCCGGGGCUGGAGGGCUUUCAACUGGAGACCUACGGCAGGUCUGUGUCGUACGCCCAGUUCCUGUACCCGACCAACGCCCUGGUGAGGCACAAGCCGUCGUCGACCAGCGACCUGACGCUGCAGAUUCCCGUGUCCAGGAGCACGCACAGCAUGCCGGGUAGGAGCUGCCCACCCAGCAGACUGAACAGCACCGUGGGACUGGACCUGGGUGUGGAAGAUGUGACAGACUACGACCCUAACCUCCUCAAUGACCCCCAGUGGCCUUGUGGGAAACACAAGCGGGUGCUGAUCUUCGCCUCCUACAUGACGACAGUAAUAGAAUACGUCAAACCGUCCGAUCUGAAGAAAGACAUGAAUGAGACGUUUAAGGAGAAGUUUCCUCACAUUAAACUCACCCUCAGCAAAAUACGCAGUCUGAAAAGAGAGAUGAGAGUAGUUGGGGAGGAUUGCGGCAUGCAGCCCGUCACCAUCGCGAUGGCGUUCGUCUACUUUGAGAAGUUGGUGCUUCAGGGUCGACUCAAUAAACAGAACAGGAAGCUGGUGUCAGCUGCCUGCAUCCUACUGGCCGCUAAGAUCAGUAGUGACCUCAAGAAACAGGAGGUCAAACACCUCAUUGAUAAGCUGGAGGAGCGUUUCAGGAUCAGCAGGAGGGAGCUGAUAUCGUUUGAGUUCACCAUCCUGGUCGCCCUGGAGAUGGCGCUCUACCUCCCCGAGAGUAAAGUCAUGCCACAUUACAGACGGCUGGUGCAGCAGUUAUAGCAGCGCCCACACACACGCACACAGAUCCCUCUCAGCACCUUCCAGCUCCACACUGUGACGGACGGAUCCUCGUGAUGCCUGGCUCAGAGGCUCAGAGGGAAUCAUCCUCUCUGCUCACAAAGCAGACACCAAAGCUCAUCCACACUGUGAAGGUAGUACGACGGCAGGCCUGGCAGCGCGUGGCUCGACAUAUGUUAACUGAGCACAUCGCCUUCUCUUCCUCCCUCAAAUCACCAAAGUGACGACACACUGUGAUCGCUGGUUCAGCAGCAGGACUGGUGCCUGGCUCAACGGCACCAUGAGAAUCACUGGAAAUUCAACAGAACCCCUUAAAAUCAUCUCUUAAAGGAAAUUAUGUUUUGUUUUUUUACCUGGUUUUCAUGUUUGGUUGUCAUUCCUGUCGGAUUUAAAAAGGGUUUUCCUCACUGGCUCCUGUGCAGAGAUUUUAGUGAGGGAGACUCUGCUGAACGCAGCUCUGGAAGGUUUGCUGGGUGAAACUUUGACAGAUUUAGAUCAUUUUGGUUUAAUCUGACUUGAGCAGUUUUGAGUCCUCCUUUCUAAAAUCUCGGCGUUUGAGCAGGUGAGUAACAUGUUUACUUCCAAACAAAAUCUAACUAGAAGUGCUGUUUUCAAAGACAUUUUCAAACUCGCACCUAAUCGAAAAGAUUUUCUCCAGUGCUAAAUUUUACCCUUUCUAACGCUGUAGUCUAAAACUGCUGUGUCAAGUUUGGAGUUCACUGCCUCUGUAGCACUGUGGCCCAAAGUCACUGACCAUAUAAUGGCUGAAAUAGCACUUUCUUAUUUUGGUUUAAAUGUGCUGACAGUCACCAAACACAAACAUGAGUUUUGUGCAUUUGACAAUCAUUUUACUGCAUUUAAAAGCAUCUUAACUCAAUAGUGUUGAGUGUUUUCAGCAACUGUAGCAAAGAUGUUGCCAACAUCCCUAUAUUUUUUGUAGAAACUUAAAUUGUGAAAUGUAAUUUAAGCGAUAAAUUCAGGCCAUGAGGGGAAAUAGUUCCAGCACUGUGGUGACAGCACUUUCCAGUACUUCCUUUUGUAUCUUGUCCUCUCGCUGGGUUCUGGUUUCACUGGUCAGAUUCUUGUUUGGACUGUCACUCGCAUUAAUGUCACGACAGCAGCACUUUUCUGUGUGCAGUCCUGACGUCAUAUCCUUCGUUCUCUCUGAACGUCCAGCCGGCUGCUUCUGAAUUAGCAGUUGUUAUCAAUUAUGUUGUUUUGACAUUUACUCUCCCACUCACUCGCUCUGAUCGUACUCGAGGGGAAGGUUCACUGGGUGCGGUGACAUUUUUCAGCAUUGGCCGGCUUUACAGCAACACACGGAGCUGCAGUCUGCUGCUGUCAGAAGCUCCACUGGAGGAGUUUAGAUGUUAAAGUGCCUUGGCCUGACGGCACCUGAAGUGUAGUUGUUCCUAUUCUGUCUGUCCUUGGAUCCAGGGAUUCAAACCAGCAACUUUAUCUUCACCUCUCCUCUGUAUUUUGACGGCUGUCUCGCUCUCAUGUUGUCGUCCCUCCUCCUUGCUGGUUCCGUGUGAAUGAUCAGCAGACGGCUGCUCACUCUGGUGGUCGCAGAGAAGCAGUGCGUCCUUUGGAAAACUGCUGUGAUGAUGAGAAGCAUUCCCAUCAGAGUAAAACAGAUGAAACCAACACUGCUGUCGUCGUCUCUGCUGCAGUGAUCACUUCUUGUGACCACCAACGGUGGUCGAGGAAAUAUUGCUGUGGCAUCCUGGAAAAUUUGUUUCCUUCCCCCCGUCCUGUUUGCUUCUUUGAUGUCGCAUAAACACUGUAUCCCAUUGCAAGAGUCCAUGUCUGUUCUGGUCUGCAUUUUUACGCUGAGAAAUGUCAUAACAGGUCAGCAAAGCCUGUUCCAAACGCUUCCUCAGAUGCAACCUGAAAAACGCAGCCGCCUUUGGCCCAAAUUUGGAGGACACAACCGGUGUUUCCUUUGGGGGUCUUUAAUGUCCCAAAGAGAUGAAAAUCAUUAUGAUACUAUGUUGAAUCCUGAACGCAACUCAGCUGACGUCACAUCACAUCACAGCAGAGGAAGCCUCGUUUGGUUGAUAUAAAGGGUGAAAAAUUCAGACCAAAAAUCAGUCACUAAAUGGGACCGUAGUUGGAUUUAACAUCAGCAUUUGGCUGGUGUCUGGUCGUAGAUGUUUCGUCGACACUAGAUCUGAAACGAUUAGUCGAUCGAUGAAAAAUUUAUCAGCAUCUAUUCUGAUCUUUGUGUUCUAUGACAUUAAACUAAAUGUCUUUGGGUUUUUGGGUUAUGUUAACUUGGGCUUUGAGAAAUUGUGAUGAGCGUUUUUGUGACAUAUCGAGCAAAUGAUUACUUUCAUCAUCAAUUAAUCUCUUAUUUUCUCUCUAGUUAACGCUCAUCACUUAAAUUUGUAUCUGUCGUUUUGUGCUGCAGAGCCGGUUUUCAUUCGUGUUCGGGGUGGAGACACGCAAAUCAAUGACAGCUGUAAAACUGAAGGGGGAAAAACCCCUGAAAGAGACACACCAGCUCACAUACAAUGAUACUUAUGGGACAGGCUGGUGCCAACACUGAAGCUUCUUAAGGUGGACUGCAAAGACAUUUUUCAUGUUUCUUGGAAGGAACUCACUGUAGCUACAGACUUCCUCAUUCUGUCUGCACUCUGAAGGAACACCAACUACCAAAAAUACCUUUCUGUUCAUGAACCACCUUAAACUACUUUUCACUCAUAUUAUUUAUUCUGUUUUCACUGUAUCAUAAAGGGACAAAUAUUGAACCAAACAGAGGUUUUAACAGGAUGUUUGUGCCUGUUUUUCCUCCAUGAUGCAGCAGUAAAAACUGGUGUCAAGACACAGUGGAGCACUUUAUCCGCUUUACCCAAGAAAACAAAGUGAGUAUGUUCUUUUAAAAGUGGUUACCAUUGGUUACAGUCGGCCAUGUUGGAGGAAAAACGACUGCAUGAACACUCCCUGUAGAGCCUCUGUUGUUUUUGCACUUGGCCUUUUUGCUUCACAAUCCUGAAUCUUUAUUUUAGUAACAAGGGUAAUAAUAUUUUUCUACAUUAAAUGUGUAAAGUAUGUUAUUGUAUUAUUGUAUAUUGAAAACUGACCGAGUCACUGAAAUUUAUUUAUUGCUAAUAAUCCUCCAGAUGAAGAAUCAUGUUUUGAACUACCGGACACAGUCAGAGCUGCGGUUCUGAACCUGCAGAUGAUGCAAAGCAUCUUCACACCAGAUAAUGUAGUUAAAAUUAUUUCAGCGAAUGUUUUGGAGUUAAAAUACGGUUCUUCGUCUGGGGGCUUUACAUCAACGUUCUUCCGCUGAUAUUAUCUCUCGUGUGUUAAAGGGACUUUGUUGUAUUUUGGAGGUCUGGGUUCAUCUGCAUUUGAAUGUUGGAGCAGGAGAGCUGAUGGACUUCAGAUUCACAAGGCGCGUUUGGAGUUGUGCUACACAAAACGAAACCGACAGGUCCUGACAUGGUUUGGGGUUUGGUUGUUGAAAACAAAAUGUAUUAAGAAAUGUCUCUUUCUCUCUCUGACUGGGCCAAUCAUCUGCAUCCGUAUGUGUCUUGUAUUGCAAGUAGAUACACAACGCCCGGUGGGAAGAGAAAAGACUAAUGCGUUUCAAUAGCCUGGUGAGCUAACCGAUAGUAAUGAACGAAAGAAGGCAAAAAUAUAGUCUUGGGUUGAGUUCAGGUUCAGGUUCAGGUUUCACAUUUGGAAGGACCAGUUGGGUUCAGUCAAGUCACGUCUUAAAGGCUGGCGAUGUUCUUUUAUUUUUUUUAUUGUAAAUUCCAUGAAAAGACCAAAACCAACAGUGUUAGUGUGUCUCUCGAUACUUUAAUUCCCUACUGUAUCUGUAGCUCUCAGCCCCAAGAACACUGAAGACAUAAAUCUUUUAAAAAUGGUGGUUCACAAUAAAAUAGUUGAGGGUUUUUUUUUAAGACUUAGCAAUUUCCAGCUGAAAGCUCUUUUUGGAAAACGUUAACAAACAGCAGUUAAUAGUGCAUUUGUUGUGGAUUAAUCCACAUUUGGUGCUCUAGUGAGUAUUUUAGGUUUAUGGACAACAGUGGAGCUCUAUGACACAGAGGAAUAAUAAUAUCAGGCUUUAGAUACACAGAUAAUACUCGUUAGGAUUAAUUAACUGUUAGAUUUGGUCUUUUCAUGGGAUUUAAUGACAAUAAGAAAAAUAUUGAAUAUUACCAGACUUUCCUUUUAAAGGACCAUACCAGUGAUUUUUAGCCCAUUUACUACAAAUCACAAAGAUUUAACAUCACUGCUGAUUAUUUAAGAAAUCAUGCUGUAGUUUUUUAGAUUUUCUGAUGUAUUUUUUCCACUGGUUUCCGUUCAUUAAACGUAGUACGGUAAAUCAAAUGGCACGCUCUUGAAACUGAAGUUGAAGUUGUAAUACGUCGCAGAUUUUUGUUUUUCAAAGUUUCGUUAUUGCUGCGAGGUAACGUAAUGCAAACGUCUUAUCAAUCUGGACUAAAACUGCAUUACCAUGUAAAAAAUAAUACAGACUGGAGCUGCAACGCUUGGUAGAUUCAUGGAUUAGUUGAUCAGCAGGAAAUUUAUUGGCAACUAUUUUCAUCAUCGAUUCAUUGUUUAAGCAAAAAUGCUGAAUAUUUGCUGGUUUUAGCUUUUCAAGUGUGAGAAUUUGAAUAUCUUUGGGUUUUGGACAAAUUAGUUUUAGUAAAUUAUAACAAGCAUGUUUCACUAUUGUCUGACAUUAUAUUGAUAAAAUGAUUAAUAGACUUACUCGUAAAAUAAUCUGCAGAUGAAUAGACAAUGAAAAUAAUAAUUAGUUGCAGCCCUAAUGCAGACUUGUUGUUGUGUUUCAGGCUUCAAGAGUCUGCUCGAUGAUUUUUGUACUGUACUGGUGAUAAAUGAAACCAGUGGCUGCCUGAAAGAUAAGAAAAGAAACAUUCGGAAUGGUCAGCAGAAAUAUAAAAUGUACAUAAUUUGUAAUUAAGGAGCUAAAACUUGCAAAAAACACUGGCAUGGUCCUUUUUAAAGAUGGGGGUUUGGGUCUCAGUUUUAGGUCUGUGCAGGACUUCCUUGUUCAGGCCUCAGCAGCAGUUUUCUCUCUCCUGCUCUAACAACGGUAAAGAAGAAGCCAUGCUCCACAAUUUGCACUUCUGAGCAGAGUUGUAUAUUUUAACUGUUAUCUUUGUGAAAUCCAUAAAAGGGAAUAGUUUAUUUUGGCAAUAAACAUCAGAGCUUCCUUCGUUGAAAUAUGAAAGACGUUAAAAGAAGCACUACAACAAACGUGAUGAAUACAAGACUGCUUGAGAGCAGAAACAACACACGAUCUUCCAAAGUCGUCUUCUCUACAUUAGAGAUUUGUGAUAUUGAUUCUAUGCAGUUUUUAUUGUCAGCUGACCUUCAUCAUUGUCGUCCUCCUCCUCAGUGUGUUUACCUUUAAUGUGCCAUAGCUUUGUCACCUGACCCUUUUAUUUAAACCUCACGUAUUCACUUUGUAUUGUAUCAAGUAAUUAUUAUUUUUAUUCUUCUUUGAGCACUGUAAGGACGUAAAGGGAAAUAUUUACCAAGUGUUCCAUUUAUAAUUAGUUUUUACAUUUUAAGUUAAAUUUCAUUCUAAGUUAAAUUAAUUAGAUUUGUGUAUUGUUUUUGUCUUUUUUUUGUUUUUUUUACCGACAACAUGAACGAGCCACGCAGCAGGAAGUUGAUCUGUGCAAAUGUGUUGUUUUGCUGUUGUCACUUUUGUUCACACCACAUGUAGUGAUGCAGAUGAAAAAACACAUUAACUUGUGACAAGAGUAGCUCAUAUCUUCUGUAAGGUGAAGUUUAUCAACCUGCUUGCAGUGUCUAAUUACUGUAGUUAGUUACCCUGCAGGACAGUUUGGUAUUCAACGCAAAAUCACACAUUAGUGGAUGAAAAUAUUACUACAAAUAUUUAGUAAAAGACAAAAGACCAUAUACUGUUUAAACUGCCAAUGUUCAAUUUGUGUCAAGUUUAUUUUCAUUAAAAAUAUGUAAACGAC